GUUCAAAAAAAAAAAAAAAGGGAAGAAAAUUUCUGCUCUAGAACCCUAGAUCUUCUUCUUCGACUCGAUAAUUGGUACUGGUAAUCUUCGGCCCAAGAACCCUAGAGCUCCUCGCUCUCUGACUCCGGUGUUGCUUACUGGUGCAAAGAGGCUGCAGGCCUUGAGCGCCUCUGCUUCAGGUUAUGGCCUGUGCAAGAUAAGCAGCAAAACAUACAUCAUAAGAGUUUCCACGGAGUUUCUUUGACCAAGAAGUUGGUCAAUGGCAGAAUCUGUAUCAAAUUUUUGGGGUCCUGUAACAUCAACAGAUUGGUGUGAGAAGAACUAUGUCCACUCCUCGUAUAUUGCAGAAUUCUUCAAUACUGUAUCAAAUGUUCCAAGCAUAGUUUUGGCAUUUAUCGGCCUCGUAAGUGCCUUGGGACAGCGGUUUGAGAAGAGGUUCAGCGUGCUGCAUAUUUCCAACAUUAUACUUGCCAUUGGGAGUAUGUUGUACCAUGCAACGCUGCGACAUGUGCAACAGCAAGGUGAUGAAACACCAAUGGUUUGGGAAAUGCUAUUGUACUUCUACAUCCUCUAUUCUCCAGAUUGGCACUACAGGAGUACAAUGCCUACAUUUUUGUUCUUCUACGGGGCAGGGUUUGCAGUGAUCCAUGCGCUGAUGCGCUUUGGGAUCGCGUUCAAGGUGCACUAUGCAGUCUUGUGUCUCCUCUGCAUCCCUAGAAUGUACAAGUAUUACAUCUACACGAAGGACGUGGAUGCAAAACGGCUUGCAAAGUGGUACGUGGCCACCAUAUUCCUGGCGACGCUUUGUUGGCUUUCCGAUAGGGUAUUCUGUGCCGAGGUUUCACAGUGGCGGUUCAAUCCCCAAGGGCAUGCAGUUUGGCACGCCCUGAUGGGCUUCAAUUCGUACUUUGCGAACACUUUCUUGAUGUUUUGUCGUGCAGAGCAGUUAGGGUGGAACCCUAAAGUUGUCUAUGCCCUGGGGUGUCUCCCUUAUGUGAAGGUUCAGAAGCCAAAAGCUCAGUGAAGAAUGUAGCAAGCAAGUAAACGAUCGACAAUGCUCUCUGUUUGGCCGCUUAGGUUUAGGGUUACAUUUGUUUUGGACUGACAGGCAAACAAUAGCAAGCAAACACGUGUAUUUUUAAUUCCUUAUUACCUACCUGCCCUCAUUUUUGUCCCAUAACUUUUUCCUUUUGUUUUGGUUAAAUGGAUGUGUAAAUGAUACUUGUAUGGUGAUUGGUGACUUCACAUGUUGGAUUUUUAAUCUUUGGUCCGUUCUUAUAGGAUCUGUUUGGUUGCAA